GGGCGAUCUUCUCCAACUGGUCCGGAGACAGAGGGGUGGAAGAAGGAGGAGGGCUGGACGGCUCUGACACCACCGCCGUGGGCUUCAGCUUCUUCUGCACGAUUUUAGUGUAUUGAGCAAAAUACAGAGCAGGUCCCAAAAACUAAAAUUAAGAUCUGCAAUGUGCCACAGGCAACAGGUUACUGCAAUGGAGAAGUUUGUGAUUCGGGGACAGAAUAAACGCUCCUGCACCAGUGAUGCCGUUAAAAGAAGUCCAAGGAAGAGUAUUAAACUGGAGGAAGAUGAGCGGAUGAAGGAAGAGGAGGAUGAAGUAGACGAAGAUGCAGCUUUAGCAGAGUUCUCUGAUCCUAUUCCCUGGCAAAAAAUAGAGGCAGAGGGACUCGACUGUGAUUAUGCUUUACUCUUCUCCAAGGUGGAGGCAGACCAACUUUUUAAACAGUUGGAGGAGGAGGUGGUGUACUCAACAGGGGAAGAUGCAAAGGUCCAUGUGUUUGGAAAGGUGUACGGUAUACCAAGAAAACAGGCAACAUACGGAGAUGCAGGUCUAACUUAUACCUAUUCUGGGGUGACACGUUCAGCCCGCCCGUGGACUCCAACCUUGGAAUCCAUUCGGGAUGCUGUCACAAGAACAACAGGACAAACAUUCAACUUUGUCUUAGUCAACAGGUACAAAGACGGACAGGAUCACAUGGGUGAGCAUCGUGAUGAUGAAAAGGAGCUGGACCCUCUCUGUCCCAUCGCCUCUGUGUCUCUGGGAGCAGCACGAGACUUCAUCUUCAGGCACAGAGAUGCUCGGGGAAAACAGAGCUGCCGACAGAUUGAACCAGUGAAGCUGGAGCUCGCUCAUGGAAGCCUGCUCCUCAUGAACCCACCGACCAACACUUUGUGGUACCACAGCCUGCCUGUGCGCAAGAAGGUGCUCCUGCCUCGCAUCAACCUCACCUUUAGACGCAUCGUACUGGACAGAAAGAAAUAAGAGGAUACAUGUGGCCAAGCAUGGAUUAUGAGUGGGGUCGAGGCCCUCACUAGUCAGAACUCCCUGAGCAAAUGGACAAAUAACACAAAUCUAAAAUGUGUUUCUUCAAGUCUCAACUGAAUCUGAAUGACUGUAGUUAAAGAAAUACAACUCUAAAGUGCACAUUAGUUUAAUUUUUUUAAUACCUGAAAA